AUGAAGCGCAACUUCGGGUCGCUCAACCUCACGGCACUCGACAUGAACAGACCCAGUGCUGACUGCAGCCUUGAAGACCGCUUCUCGGCAUUGGGAUCCAGUGUGGAAGACCAUAGUCUCGACGCUGGCUUCGAAUACGGUGGCGAUGGCAACGUGGGCUUUCCCUUGGAGCAUUUCCACGGAUUGGUCACGGACCUGAGCGUCCAGUCACUGUGCUGUGGGUCCUCACAGGACGUGGACACGGACAUGGAGGAGACCUCAUUCGAGUCCAUUGAGUCAGCGUUCCAAGCACGCAGUGAGGACGGCAGCGGACGUCUGCGACAGGUGCACUGCCCGACGUCACCCGAGAUGCCACACGAGCUGCAGAAUGUGGAGCUGAACGCGCUGAGGCGUCUGAGUCUGAAGGUGAUGCUGUCGACGCUGUCCACAUCCAAGAACAGCAGCAGCACGAGUGGUGGUCACACGAACGUCGCGUCCACCACCAAGCCCAUGUGCGCCUAUCCCGGUGUGAACGGUCGCGUGAAAACGGCUCUUCUGCCGAUCCGCCAUCCGUCCUUACAAAGCGUCUAG